AUGUGGCCAGCUUCUAGUUCUCCUAAGGCUCUCCUCAUGGUUACGUUGGAAAUAGCCAGGAACUAUAAAUCUUUAAACUUGAAUCUUAGGGUUUCUUCAGGAAGUGCAUGUCUAGUUUUCGCUUUUUUCCCCAGCUCCGUAAAAUUAUUUAGUUUAUUCCAGUCGCUGGGAGACGGCAAGCCGGAAGCGGAAAUGCUCUUCAGGACAACUUCCGGGAGGGGCGCCAUGGCUUCCAGGGAGGAGGUACUCGCCUUGCAGGCUCAAGUUGCCCAGCGCGAGGAGGAGCUGAGUUUCCUGAAGCAGAAGCUGGCGGCGGCUAUUUUGGCGGAGCAGGAGCCAGAGCGGCUGGUUUCGGUAUCACCCCUGCCGCCGAAGGCCUCCCUGUCUCGAGAUGAGAUUUUGCGCUAUAGCCGGCAGUUGGUGCUUCCUGAGCUGGGCGUGCAGGGACAGCUGCGCCUGGCCGCUGCAUCGGUGCUAGUAGUGGGCUGCGGUGGGCUCGGCUGCCCACUGGCGCAGUACCUGGCAGCGGCCGGCGUAGGCCGCCUUGGCCUUGUGGACUACGACGUAGUAGAAAUGAGCAACUUGGCCCGCCAGGUGCUGCAUGGCGAGGCACUGGCCGGGCAGGCCAAGGUCUUUUCGGCCGCCGCCUCGCUGCGCCGCCUCAAUUCGGCGGUGGAGUGCGUGCCUUAUGCAGAGGCGCUUACGCCAGCCACGGCGCUAGACUUAGUCCGCCGCUAUGACGUGGUGGCUGACUGCUCUGACAACGUGCCCACUCGCUACCUGGUUAAUGACGCAUGUGUGCUAGCCGGCCGGCCUCUCGUGUCAGCCAGCGCCCUGCGCUUUGAGGGCCAAAUCACGGUCUACCACUAUGACGGCGGGCCUUGCUACCGCUGCGUAUUCCCUCAGCCACCUCCAGCGGAGACGGUGACCAACUGCGCGGAUGGCGGGGUGCUCGGUGUCGUAACCGGGGUCCUGGGCUGCUUGCAGGCGCUGGAAGUGUUGAAGAUCGCAGCAGGCCUGGGCCCGUCUUACAGCGGCAGCCUGUUGAUCUUUGAUGCGCUCAGAGGCCAUUUUCGUUGUAUUCAGCUUCGGGGCCGCAGGCCUGACUGUGCAGCUUGUGGGGAGCGGCCCACAGUGACUGCCCUGCAGGACUACGAAGCCUUCUGUGGCUCCUCAGCCACUGAUAAGUGCCGCUCUCUGCGGUUGCUGAGCCCAGAGGAGCGAGUUUCGGUCACCGACUAUAAGCGACUUCUGGAUUCCGGCUCACCCCACCUGUUGCUGGACGUUAGGCCUCAAGUGGAGGUGGACAUCUGUCGUUUGCCUCAUGCCUUACACAUCCCUUUGAAACGUUUGGAACGGAGGGAUGCAGAGAGCCUGGAACUCUUAGGAGAAGCUAUCCGGGAAGGGAAGCAGGGCACACAGGAAGGGGCAGCUUUCCCGGUUUAUGUGAUUUGCAAACUGGGCAAUGACUCCCAGAAAGCCGUGAAGAUCCUGCAGUCCUUGACAGCAGUCCAGGAGUUAGAAUCUUACACAGUUCAAGAUAUUGUGGGGGGCCUUAUGGCCUGGGCUGCCAAAAUCGAUGGAACAUUUCCGCAGUACUGAGGUGGAUGGGAGAGUCUGACCCGAGGAAGAUGGCUGUGUUACCCAAAAGAUACAUUUAUUUGCAUUUUUUUUCCAGGAAUGUAUGGAAGAGCCUGAAUACCUCAACUCCUUUAUAUAAGGGGCUUUGUUGUCGUAAUGUAUUGGAUGCUGUCAUUUUCGGUUAUAUUACUGUUUCUGAGAUCUGUCUUGUGUUUUUAGCACUCGGAUGAGGUCUUGAACGUGUGAGUUAUAAUGUUAAGUGACAGGGUUUUGCGUUUUGAUAGAUCGUGUGUCCUUUUUUGUCCACCUCCCUCAAUCAAAAAGUACUUUAAAUCGUCCGUGUUGAUGCUUGGAAAAGUGUUGGAAACGUAGUUUUACUAAAUUGAUCACAGAUGAUAUACUUAAGGUCAGUUUAAUGUUUGCUAAGACAGUUUGGGUCUUUUUUCUACUUCAAAGAAUAGACUAUAUUGCUACCGAAGUAAGUGUUUAAAAGGUAAAUUGUUUUAAUUAUGUGGGGAAGGGUCAUUCUAUUAAACAUUUCGGAUUAAUAUCAAAGUGAGAUAUUUGUAGUUUAGCAGGAUAAAACUUUGUAGUCUGUCAGUUUCUCUUACAAAUUGAUGAUUUAGAAAAAACAUUUCUUACAAUGUUGUAUACAUGAUGUAGUGCGGUUUGGCUUGCUUUGAUAUCUUCAAGCUUAAGUCCCAACCUUCUGCCCUCCCCUGCCCUUUUUUCCUUAUCCAACCUGUUAUUUUUCUUUCUUGCUUUACCGGCCAAGGGCCCCAAAUACAAUACUGAAUUAAAGUGGAAUAGUGAGCUUUCUUAUCUCCUUCACAAUCAGGUGAAAAACUUGACUAUUUGACCAGUAUUACUUGUUAUUGCUUUACCGGAGAUUCCCUUUAUCAGAUUAAAGAAUUUUCCUUCCGUG